AUGGGUGCUGGUAUGACAGCAGCAGUAUCGGGGGGGCCCCCAGGGGGCCCCUCUUCAUCGUUGUUAUUAUUAGAAGACAAAUUUAAAGCAGCAGAAGUGGAGUUGAGGGAAACAGACUUUGCAGGUAUUAUAAUUAGGCAGCAGCAGCAGCAGCAGCCACAGCAGCAGCAGCAGCAGCAAAUACACAAGCGGGUCAUUGGAUUGAGGGGCCUCCGUCGCCAGUGUAUGGACUUCGAUCAGCUGCCUCUAGCUGCUGCAGCUGCUGCUGCUGCUGCAGGCAGGCACAGAAAACGCUUGCCACGCAAAACAGCAAACAGCAGCAGCAGCAGCAGCAGCAGCAGCAUAGUGCCUUCGGAUCUACCAGAGACAGCGGUGGCAGCAGCACGAGCAGCAGCAGAAGCUGUUGUUGCUGCUGCUGCUAAGGGAGAAGCCAGCACAAUCACUCCCGCAGCAGCAGCGGCAGAGGGUUCAGCAGCUGCGGAGGCAGCAGCAGCAGCAGCUGCUGCUGCUGCUGCUGCACUUCCUCCGGUGUUCGCAUUUCCUCAAUGCCCUGGGGCGUUUUUUCUGCCUGGGAUGUUGCAGCUGCAGCAGCAGCUGCUGCUAGCUGAUGAGGCCUUCUCUUCUCUGCUGCUGCCUCCAGCUGUCUGCAACCUGUGCCAGCAGCAGCAGCAGCAGCAACAGCAGCAGCAGCAGCAGGUGCCCAGCACCGAGGCCCUGAACUCCACAGCCGAAGGAGACGCCGCAAGUGCAACGGCAGCACCAGCAGCAGCAUCCGCAGCAACAGCAGCAGCAGCAGAAGCAGCAGCAGCAGCACCUCUUCCUGCGAUCACCCCCCACAAGUGCAGCCGCUUGCCUCUGCUGCAGCAGCAGCUAAACAAUCCAGAGGCGGGGCUGCUGCUCCCUCGGCCCAGCAACUGCAGCAGCAGCGCAAGCAGCAGUAGCAGCAGCAACGGCAGCGGGAGAGGCAGCAGCAGUUCGCAUGCGUCGGAGCAGCAACAGCUUCCCAGUGCUGCUGCAGCCUUAGCAGCGGAGGAAGCAGCAGCGGAGCAGCAGCUGCUGCUGCAGCUGCUGCCCCCCCCUGUGGGGUUGCGGUGGUCUUCUAUUGGCUCUCAGGUGUAUGAUUGGGGCCGCCGCAGCUAUUACAGUGACGUGCAGCAGCAGCAGCAGCAGCAGCAGCAGCAGCAGCAACAGCAGCAGCAGGUGUUGGAGACAGCAGAGCGCCCCAGCAGCGGUGGCAGCAGCAUCGCUGCCUGCAGCAACCGCAACAGCAGCAACAGCAGCAGCAGCAGCGGCAGCCCGCCUUUGCCCCCCGUACUGCACCGCAUUGCCGGAUGGGCCCUACAGACAGCAGCGCUGCAGCAGGAGCCUGCAGCAGCAGCAGCAGCAGCAGCAGCAGCAGCAGAAUUAGCUGCACAGCUCCAGGCUGCUGCUGAUGGUGGUGGUGGUGGUGCUGCUGCAUGUCUUUCUGCUCGCCGCUGUUGCUUCUUUUUGCAGCAGCGUGCUGCUGCUGCUGCUGCUGCUGUUGCUGAUGCCCGUGGUCGUAGUGGUGCUGCUGCUCUCGCUGCAGCAGCAGCUGCUGCUGGUGGUUCUAACGAUUUGUUUAUGUUGUUUCGCUUAGGCCUUCCGUGUCUCUUUCUUCUGGGCGGCAAUACGCGGCAGGAGGAGCCGAUCCCGUUGGUGUUGCGCUCUGGGGAUGUCCUCAUCCUCUCAGGCCCAGCGCGUCUAGUCGUUCACGGCGUCCCUAAACUCCUAUACUACACGCCUGUGCAGCCCACCACAAGAGCAGCAGCAACAAAGUUUGCUGCUGAUGCUGUUGGAGUUGCUGCUGCCAGGGGACAUCCCUGCGGCUGCAGCAGCUCCAGGGACUGCAGCUGCAGCAGCAUCUGCAGUAGCAGCACCGGCAGCAGCAGCAGCAGCAGCCGCAGCAGCACAAACGAAGCUGCCAACUGCUCAGUAGAAGAUACUCCUCUGCCUCCACAGCUAUUGCUGCUACAGGCCAUGCAGCAGCAGCACCAGCAGCAGCAGCAGCAACAGCAACAGCAGCAGCAGCAGCAACAGCAGCAUCAGCAGCAGCAUCAGCAGCAUCAGCAGCAGCAACAAUUAGAGUUAGUUGCAUAUGCUGCUUGCUUGCCCCAUUUGCUGCGGGUAGAGAAGGCCCUUUGCUCGGUGCUGCAGCAGCGAGAGCAGCGUGUGGUGUAUUGGCAGCAGCGGCUGCUUCAGGUGUACAGGCAGCUGCAGCAGCUGCGGCUAAACUUCAGUUGCAGAGGAAGGUUUGCUGCAGCUGCAGCAGCUGCUGCUGCUGCUGCUGCUGCUGCAGCAGCUGCUGCGCUCUUUCUCCUUCAAGAGUGUGUGCGUGUUCCUUCUAUAAUAAAGCAGCAGCAACUACGGCAACAGGUCAACAGCUCUUCAACAACAGUCGCAGCAGCAACAGCGACAACAGCGGCAGCAACAGCAGCAGCAGCGGCUGCAACAGCAGCAGCAGCAGCAGCAAGAGCUGCACACAGAACGACAUUGAUGGAUUCGACUAGGUAUAGGCCCGUCUCUGUGCAGGAGUACCACCAGCAGCAGCUGCUGCUGCUGCGCCAUCUGCAGCUGCAGCAGCAGGAGCAGCAGCAGCAGCAGCAGCAGCAGCUGGUGCAGCACCAGCAGCGCGUCUCUCUGCCAGCUCACGGCUCUCACCUUUGGGCGCAGCAGCAUCCUCUAGGGCCUCAGGGGGCCCAUCCUGUAGAAGUACGAGUCCUGAGCAGCAGCAGCUGGUGCAGCAGCAGCAGCAGCAGCAGCAGCAGCAAUGGCGGGCGCUAUGCUGGCAGCUACACCUGCAGCAGGCUGCACAGCAGAGACCGCAGCAGCAGCAGGCAGCAUAGACACACGGUUGCCGUUGCUACGUCAGAUAGAGUAGCUGCUGCUGCUGCUGCUGCUGCUGCUGCUGCUCGCGGCCGCUGUGACCACCAUGCUGCUGUUGCAGCUGCUGCUGCUGCACAGCCUGCAGCAGCAGCAGCAGCAGCCACAGCAGCAGCAGCAGCAGCAGCAGCAGCGGCGGCGGCGGCUGCAGCACAAACAAAGGGAAGCAUAGUGUCCCCUGUGCUUCCUAGAGGGACUCUUCAUCUCCAUGGAGAGCAGCAACGCCAGCAGCAGCAGCAGCAGCAGCAGCAGCAGCGCCUGCAAUCGCAGCAGCAGCAGCAGCAUCAUCAUCAUCAACUGCAGGCGCAUCCGCAGCAGCAGCAGUACCUGCAUUCGCAGCAGCAGCAGCAGCAGCAGCAGCCAAUUCAGUUGCAGCAGCUGCAACUGCAGCAGCAGAUGCCGCAGCUGACCUACAUACGCCGCAGCAGCAUCACCUGCUGCACUCUUCAGGGCAAAUGUGUUGUUCUGGGUGUCGCUGAAGAGAAAGCUGCUGUCCCUCCUGCUGUUGCUUCUGCUGCUGCAUCUGCUGCUGCUUCUGCUGCUGCUCCUGCAGCAGCAGCAGCAGCAGCAGCCGAAGGCUCAACAGAACGCCUCAAGAGGCAGCAACAGCCCCGCAUAUUAAGAGCGAGAACUGCAACAGCAAAUGCAGCAGCAGCAAAUGCAGCAGCAGCAAAUGCGCCAGCAAUACCUGCUGCAGCACCAUCACCUACAGCAGAGGCACAUCCACCAGCAGCAACAGCAGCAGCUGCAGCAGCAGCGCCUGAAGCAGCAGCGAAGGUUGCAGCAGCAACGGGGAGAAGGCCUUCAGCAGCAGCAGCAGUAGCAGCAGAGCCUGCGGCAGGAGCAGCAGAACUAACAGCAGCAGCAGCGGCUGUAGAGCCUCCCCGACCAGCAGCAGCAGCAGCAGCAGCAGCUCCAGCACCAGCAGCAGCAAGCCCACAUGCGGCUAAGGCAACAGCAGCAAGAACAAUAGCAGCAGCAGCAGCAGCAGAAAGAACAGCAACACCUGGAGCAGCAGCAGCAAGAGCAGCAACACCUAGAGCAGCAGCAGCGAGAGCAGCAACACCUAGAGCAGCAGCAGCGAGAGCAGCAACACCUGGAGCAGCAGCAGCAAGAGCAGCAACACCUAGAGCAGCAGCAGCAAGAACAGCAACACCUAGAGCAGCAGCAGCGAGAGCAGCAACACCAGGAGCAGCAGCAGCGAGAGCAGCAACACCUAGAGCAGCAGCAGCAAGAGCAGCAACACCAGGAGCAGCAGCAGCGAGAGCAGCACAAAGAGCAGCAGCAGCAAAAGCAGCGGCAGCAAAAGCAGCGGCAGCAAAAGCAGUAGCAACAACUGCAGCAACAACAACUGCAGCAGCAACAACUGCAGCAGCAGUCAAAGCAACAGCAGCGAAAGCAGCAGUAGGGAAAGCGCCAGCAGCAAAAGCAACAGCAGCAAAAGCAGCAGCAGCAAAGGCAGCAUCAUCAAAAGCAAUAGCAGCAGAAGCAGCAGCAGCGAAAGCAGCAGCAGCAAAAGCAGCAGCAGAUGAUUGCCCUCGCUAUCGAUUCGAAUUGCCGACAGCAGAAGUGUGCAGCGAGAGCUGCAGCAACAACAGCAACAGCAACAACAGCAACUGCAACAGCAGCAACAGCACCAGCAGCAAGUGCGCCAGCAGCAGCAGCAGCAGCAGCAGCACUCCUCGCAACAGCAGCAAUAACAGCAGCAGCAGCAGCAGUGACCACACAAUGAAGGCGGGAGAAGCUCUGCCAGAGGAGUCUUCUGCACUAAAGAGCAGCAGCAGCAACAGCAGCAACAGCAGCAACAGCAGCAGCAGCAGCAGCAGCAGCAGCAACAGCAGCAGCAGCAGCAGCAGCAGCCCAUCGGCGCAGCGAGGGACCAGCGGCAGCACAUGCGACGAAGCAGUUUCCUACAGCAGCAGCAGCAGCAGCAGCAGUUCGUGCUGCUGCGGGGACAGUCCAUUGUGGACGAGCGAUGAAGAGACACCAGGAAGCCUGCUGCAGCAGCAGCACAAAGACGCAGCAAGUAGAUCACCGCAGCAGGAGAAGCAACAGCAGGAGCAGCAGCAGGAGCAGCAGCAGGAGCAGCAGCAGGAGGAGGAGCAGGAGGAGGAGCAGCAGCAGGAGCAGCAGCAGCAGAAUGAAGAGGCUGCAAAGCCACCAACACAGCACGAACAACAGCAGCAGCAGCAUAAACAGCAGCAGCACUGUGGCGACUCCCCGCAGCAUUUGCUACAAGGGCAGCAACAGCAGCAGCAGCAACAGCAGCAGCAGCAGCGCGACAGCCAAGAGCCGCAGCAGCAGCAAGAGCUGCAGCAGCAGCCAUACCUAUCGCAGCGUGUAUUGCGUGAUUGCAACAGAGACGGAGACAUCGGCGGCAGCAGAAGCAGCAGCAGCAGCAACAUCCGAAGCAGCCGGCGCAGAUGGAGCAGCAGCAGCAGCAGCAGCAGCAGCAGCACCAGAGGCUUGAGAGGGCUUACCGAGCUGCAGGCAGAGCUUGACUGCUGCAAAGCUGCAUGGCAGCAGCAGCAAGAGGCCCUGGAGCACCAGCAGGUGCUGCUGGAGCAGCAGCAAACCACUAUGUGUCAGCAGCAGCGAGUAAUUCAGAUGCUGCGGCUUCGCCUGGCGUCCCUCGAGUUGUCUCCUGCAGCAGCAAGCGCCCGACGUGCUGCUGCUGCUGGCGAAGACAGCAAAGCACAGCAGCAGCAACAGCAACAACAGCGAGUGCAGGAAAGUCGCUGCAGCAGCAGCAGCAACAGCAGGAACGAGAAGGCGGUUGCAGCUCCUUCGUGGGGGGACGGCGCACAAGAGCUGCAGCAGCAGCAGCAGCAACAGCAGCAGCAGCACCAGCAGCAGCAGCAGUGCCUCACACAGUACUUCCGUCUAACAAGCGACAGCAGCAGUAGCAACAGCAGCAGCAGCGGCAACAGCAGCAGGGGCGUUUCAGACGGCAGCAUUUGCUGCAGCAGCGGCGACGUGUCUCCCCAGGGCAGCAGCAGCAGCAGGAGCAGGAGCUGCAGCUUGGCCAGCAACAGCAGCAGCACUUCUAUUUACGGCGAUAGCAGCAGUUCGGGAUCUCGCUGCCACAGCCAACAGCAUCUGCAGCAGCAUGCACAGCAGCAGCAGCAGCAGGAGAGGGAACAUGAUCAGGAGGGCCAAGUGCAGCAGCAGCAACAGCAGCAGGAACAGCAGCAACAGCAGCAACAGCUCCCAUAUGGUGCAGGUUGCGAGACGAGUGCAGCAGUAACAGCUGCAGCAGCACCAGCUGCUGCAGCAGCACCAGCUGCAGUAGCGAGUGGAGCAGCACCUGCUGCAGCAACUGCUGCAGCACCUGCUGCAGUUCCUGCUGGUGGUGCUGCUGCUCUUUCAGGGUGGCUUGCAGCGCGGUCUCCUAAUGGGUAUCCCGCCUUCGCAUGCAACCCCGUAGCAGCAGCAGCAGCAACAACAACAACAGCAGCUGCUGCAGCUGCUGCUGCCUUGCCGUGUGUGACACUGCCUCGAAUUGUGCUGCCUGCAACACUAGCAGCAGAGUCAGCAGCAGCAGCAGCAGCAGCAGCAGCAGCAGCAGCAGGAAGCAUAGAAGCAACGGGACCCGAAGCAAGGAGAGACGCAGAUGCUGCAACAGAAACAGCAGCAGCAGAGGCGGCAGAAGCAGCAAAUACAGGGACAGUAGCAGCAGCAGCAGCGGCAGCAGAACCCGCAGCAGCAGCAGCAGCAGCAGCAGCAGAUCCCUGGCUAGGUCAGUGGCUGCAGCGCCGCAACCGCCAUGGGGCUCUCAGUGUCUCCGUUAGCUCCAGGGCCUCCUCUGAUAGCGACUGUGAAGCAGCGCAGCAGCAGCAACAGCAGCAGCAGCAACAGCAGCAGCAGCAGCAGCAGCAGCAGCAGCGCGACAGCAGCAGCAAUGAGGAUACUGCGGCCUCCGCUCUCUUUUGUUUGUUUUCACCUAGGAGAGAAUUGCUGCCGCCAGUGCUGCUGCAAAGGGAUUAUUUGCAGCAGCAACAGCAGCACGGGCAGCAGCAGCAGAAGCAGCAGCAGCAAAAGCCGUAA